AUGAAAGAAAAACUAUUAGAUGAAGACGCUUUAGAAGAAUAUAAAAAAAUUCAUAAAAAAAAUUAUGAAGAAAGGAUAUUAAAGGAAAAUAAAUUAAAUGAAGAACUAAAAGAUGAAGAAUAUACAAAAGAAAUAAUUAAAAAUGAAGAAAUUUAUAAGCAAUUGCAAAUAGAAAAGGAUAAAGAAUAUUCUAAACAAUAUUAUUAUGAAAUAAAUAAUUUACAAGGUAGAAAUAACAGAAGUAUUAACAAUUCAUAUACAUUGGAUAAUUAUACUGAGAGAUUAAUAGAGACACCAAAUUCUUAUUUAGAAAAUAAUACAACAGAUAAUUUAAUAGAUAAUGGAGCAAACAUAACCUAUGCACAAAGAAUAAGAAAUUUUUUUUUAAAUACGAAUCUUAGGCAAUACCUCGUGUGCACUACAUUUCAGGUGAUUUGUAAUAUUACUAUAUUAAUCUUGGUAAUUACAUUUAUUGUAAUUUUUGGUUAUCUAUGA